CUCCACGAUGCUCUUGUGAGUUUCCCAUUUUACCCUUGUAUAUAAUAUAGCUGCCGAGUAUGGAAAGGAUUUAAAGCUCGGUUUCUGAUUGUGGCACCCGUGACGUUAUUCGCCGCAGCUCCCUUUGAUACUCCGUGAGUUUGAACAUGGCAGUCAAGUACACUAUACCUGCUGUUUUGGGAUCAUUUGCAUGCGACCAUUAUAUUGGUGACAGGAAGAUAUUUUGAGGCACAGUAUCUAUUAGACUUCGAUGAGUGCCUGGUGAAGUGGAUGUUCAGAUCAGUGAGGGAGCAAAUCCGAGACCACAACCAGCAGUAAGAGGCAGAGUUGCACAGCAUCAACCAUGAAAGAAGAGCAAUGCUCCCUUCUCCUCAGCUCCUCCUCUUGCUUCUCUCCUCCACGAGGUGUGAGAUUGUCGUACGGUACAUCGGGGUUCAGGGCGGAUGCAGCAUUGCUCCAAUCAACGGUGUACAGAGUAGGGAUACUGGCUGCCCUGAGAGCUCUGAAUAUGGAGUCAUCAGUUACCGGGAUAAUGAUCACAGCCUCACAUAACAAAGUGACCGAUAAUGGAGUCAAAAUCGCUGACCCCAGCGGUGGAAUGCUCUCCCAGGAUUGGGAGCCAUUCGCUGACGCCCUGGCCAAUGCCCCCACUCCCCAACAUCUCCUCCAAUUGAUAACCGAAUUUGUGAAGAAGGAGAGGAUCCCACUGGAGGGUGUGAGGCGAGCCGCGAUAUUGCUCGGGCGAGACACAAGGCCUAGUGGGGAAUCUCUACUUGAAGCUGCUAAACAAGGAAUAAAUUCAAUUCUGGGGGUGGCUGCAAUUGAUAUGGGAAUUGUGACAACUCCACAACUACAUUGGAUGGUGCGCGCAAGAAAUAAGGGCUUGAAAGCACAUGAACUUGAUUAUUUUGAACAGUUAGCAAGCUCAUUCAGGUGCUUGAUUGAUUUGAUCCCAAGUGAAGGUAGGAUGAGUGAGCGGGAUCUAACAGUGGUUGUUGAUGGGGCUAAUGGUGUGGGUGGAGAAAAGCUUGAGGUUUUGAAGACGAUGCUGGAUAAUUUGUUUAUUGAGGUUCGUAAUUCUGGGAAAGAUGAAGGUGUGCUCAAUGAAGGGGUGGGUGCUGAUUUUGUGCAGAAGGAGAAGGUUGUUCCACAUGGCUUUGGUUCCCAAGACAUAGGACUGAGGUGUGCUAGUUUGGAUGGGGAUGCUGAUCGACUGGUAUAUUUUUGUGUGCCAUCAUCACAAGGUUGCAGUAAUAUUGAGCUUGUUGAUGGGGACAAGAUAUUAUCUUUGUUUGUUAUCUUCAUCAAGGAGCAGCUACACACUCUCAGCAAGGAGAUAGGUGAAAAUACGGGCAGUAAUUAUCAGCCUCGUUUGGGUGUUGUGCAGACAGCUUAUGCAAAUGGAGCCUCCACUGAUUUCCUCAAAAAGUUAGAGUUAGAAGUUAUUUUUACUCCAACUGGAGUCAAAUACUUGCAUGAGAAAGCAGCUGAGUUUGAUCUUGGGAUCUAUUUCGAAGCUAAUGGCCAUGGAACUAUCUUAUUCUCAGAAUCUUUCUUACGUUGGUUAGAGGCCAGACACAAGGAGCUUUCUUCAGUAUCUAAAGGCUCAGAGCAGGAAACAGCUGCUUUGAGACUGUUGGCAGUCAGUAAGUUGAUCAAUCAAGCGGUCGGUGAUGCUCUGAGUGGGUUGCUCUUGGUGGAGGCUAUUUUGCAACACAUGGGAUGGUCAAUACAUAGAUGGAGCGAGCUUUAUCAGGAUCUACCUAGUAGGCAGCUUAAGGUAAAUGUUGUGGACCGAACUGCUGUUGUUACAGCAAAUGCAGAAACGAUCGUUGUGAGGCCUCCUGGCAUUCAAGAAGCCAUUAAUACUGAAACUGCAAAAUACCCUCAAGGUCGAUCUUUCAUCCGACCAUCAGGUACUGAGGACGUGAUACGUGUGUAUGCAGAAGCAUCCACCCAAGAAGCAGCUGACAGCCUUGCCAACUCUGUAGCCAUACUUGUGGACAAGUUCCUGGGGUCCGGCAGUUUCUAAAAGUAAACUAUCUUUUUUUUUUUCCUGCAACUAAAUUGAUUCUGAUUUUCUAUAUAGAAAAGAAGGGGGGUCAUCGUUUGACCAGCUUGAUUUUGAUGUUGUGUUGUUGGUUGCAAAUGUACCUGAUUACUAAUACAAUGCUACCUCAAUAAAUCUGGGUUUUGGACA